GUUCCAAACGUCAGCUCCGUCACGUGCUCACGGUCACGGGCCACCGGCCACGGCUGCGCGGCGGCGGAAGGGGGCGACGCCGAUGGGUCGCCGCCGCACGGUCAAGUAAAUCCAAGUCCCGAAGUAGGUAGACUGCUAGAACCAAAGAGGGGGAGAGAGUCUUACAGUUUGCGAGUUCGGCGACCCCUUCUGCGACACAGCUUUCCGAUCUCCCAAACGCCAUGUCUGACAUCGGCGGCGGCGGCGGUGACGAGGUCAUCCUCGAUGCCCCUGGCUUCAUCCGCGUGUACAAGAGCGGCCGCGUCGAGCGCUUCCUACCGGUGGACUUCGCCCCGCCCUCCACCGACGCCGCCACCGGCGUCGCCUCAAAGGACGUCCCCAUCCUUCCGGAAGCCGGCGUGUCGGCGCGCAUUUACCUCCCGGCGGCCCCCUCCUCCGGAAGCUACAGCGGCAAGCUCCCCGUCCUGGUGCUCUUCCACGGCGGCGGGUUCUGCCUCGGCUCCGCGUUCGACGCCGCGGUGCACGGCCACGCCAACCGGCUCGCCGCGGCGACCGGCGCAAUCGUCGUGUCGGUUGAUUACCGCCUCGCGCCGGAACACCCGGUCCCCGCGCUCUACGGGGACGCGUGGGCGGCGCUCCAGUGGGUGGCCGCGCACGCCGCGGGCCAGGGGCCCGAGCCCUGGCUGACCGCGCACGCGGACCUCGGGCGCGUCCACGUCGGCGGCGAGAGCGCUGGCGCCAACAUCGCGCACCACGCCGCGAUGCGCGCCGGCGCCGAGGAGCUGGGCCACGGCGUGAAGCUGAGCUCGCUGGUGCUAAUCCACCCCUACUUCCUGGGGGGCGACAGCUCCGAGACGGACGAGAUGGGCAUGGCGUUGCUCUGCGAGCUCGUCCGGCUGUGGCCGGUGGUGUGCCCGGGCACGAGCGGGUGUGACGACGACCCGUUGAUCAACCCGAUGGCGGAGGGCGCGCCCAACCUCGCUAGCUUGGGGUGCCGGCGCGUGCUUGUUUGCGUUGGGGGAAACGACCCGAUGAGGGGUAGAGGAAGGCUGUAUUGUGAGAAGCUGAAGGGAAGUGGUUGGUGCGGGGAGGUGGAGGACUGGGAGGCAGAUGGCCAGGGGCACGGUUUCCAUCUCUUGUGUCCAACGAGCGCAGAGGCGGAGGCGCAAGUUGGUGUCAUUGCUGAGUUUCUAAGCUAUGGAUGACAUCUUCGUUUAUCCACUACUUCACACGGCAAUGGUGAAUUGUUCUUGAAUUUGUAUCCGAUUACAUUUUUGGUUCUGUGUUUUGUUUAAGAACAUGCUUCGUUUGAUGGUUUUCACAUAGAUGUGUCCAGCCUAUACAGACUAUAUGGGUGCCUUACCUUGGUGUUGAA